GCUGGGUGAACGUUGCGUUUAAACUAAGUGCGUCCCCUUUUUUCCUGCUUGAGCAAGCACUCUUUUCAGAGGUUGUGUCCGGGGGUGCAUGGCUGCUGACACGGUGUGUAGCUCCACAAGAUCGGCGAAUCCCAGCCAUACUGACUGAACAAAAAGUUUUGCGUAUGAAAAGUUUGAGGGUGUUUACUGCAGUGUAACCCGCUCAGGUGACAUUUGUCAUCCCGUUUUUACCUAGACAGAAAAAGACUUGUGGUGGGAAAUUUAAGCGAUGAGACUUUACAUACAAAAACAAGUAAAAUAAAUACAAACGUUACUCCUUGAUCCUGACUAACUUACCUAAUGUAGCUGCCACGGUAAACCAGUCAUUUGCGUCUGUUAUACUACUUACUAUAUCAAUGAUCAAAAAACAAUUGCAAAAAUGUAUUUCUGUGGAUUAAUGUAAUAUAUGCGUAGGUUUAUAUAGAUAUCUGUGGCGAUAUAAAAUAGUAUAUUCUUUAGUUGAAAUUUGCGAACUCAAGCACCUCCAGUGAGGAUGGACUCGGAUCUGCUUCACUCCCCGGCUCUGGGUGUUGGCGGGGGGGAGGAGGAAGAGUCGGACAUGACUGACUGGACCCUGCCUCUAACCUUCAUGAAGAAGCGGCACAGUGAGAAGAUCGAGGGAUCCAAGGCAGUGGCACAGAGCUGGAGAAUGAAGGACCGGAUGAAGACGGUGAGUGUGGCGCUGGUCCUAUGCCUAAAUGUGGGGGUCGACCCCCCUGACGUGGUGAAGACCUCCCCCUGUGCGCGGCUGGAGUGCUGGAUCGACCCGCUGUCCAUGAGCCCACAGAAGGCGCUGGAGUCGAUAGGAGCCAAUCUGCAGAAGCAGUACGAGAACUGGCAGCCACGGAGUGGCGUGUCUCCAAAACCUGAAGAAACUGCUGGCAUACCAAGAAUUCCAGAGCGGCUGGGCACCCUGCCUUUGUGA